AUAGAGUGGAGAGAAAGUGAGAGGGUGAUAGUCAAAGAAGGGCCGGAGACCUAAACAGCCUGAUAGGAGGAAGACAGAGAGUUAAAGAAGCAAAGCAUGGGGUUAAAGUAAGGGAGCAGAAGAGAAAGAGGAAGAGGAAUUCAUCCUGGAAUGACUGUGAACUAGAAUAUCACAGCUGACGGGGGAGUAGAGCAAGAGAGAUCAACACUCUGUGUGUGUGUGUGUGUAUGUGUGUGUGUGUGUUUGUGUGUGUAACUUUAAGUGCCAAGGGAAAACUGGGUCAGCAAGACAGGAGAGAGGGAGAGAAGCAUGUGUUAGAGGAGGGGAGGCACACUGGGACAGGAGGAGACGGGCAGAAAAAUGAAAAGAAAUCCUCAGUAGCCCUUGAACUACAGUAACAAGUGGUCACUUGAGUAAUCACUGGUGAUUCAGAGAGAAAUAGACAGACACGUUCCCAAUAAUGGCGAGCCUCCCCAAAGAGCCACCCGAGGAUGCAAAGAAACAGAGCUUCUGGAUGCCGGGCAAUUAUGUGCGUACAGUGCACCGAACUGAGCAGUCCUUCCAGGCCUGCAACGACAUUGUGGCCUGUUUCAUGGAGAGAGCAAAGGUAGAAAAACAGUACGCCCAGCAGCUCAGCCAGUGGAGCAGCAAGUGGAAGUCCAUAGUGGAUUCUCGGCCACUUUAUGGCUCCCUCAUGAGGGCGUGGCAGUGUUUCUUCACUUCCACCGAGCGUUUGUCCGAACUCCACUCCUCCAUCUCCCAGUCUCUCAUCACUGAGGAAGGGCACCGGGUGAAGACCUGGCAGAAGGAGACCUUUCCAAAGAAAAUCUUUUGUGGGUUCAGGGAGAGCCACGACAACAGCACAAGUUUUUCACAAGCCCAGAAACCUUGGUCCAAAAAGCUGAUAAAGCUGGAGAAGGCUCGAGUUGCAUACCACAAGUCGUGCCAGAGGGAGCAAACAGCCCUUGACAAAGAGAAACAAGCAAAUGAAAACUCUGAGAUGAGUCCAGAGAAAAAGCAGAAGAUUACAGAGGCCAGAGAGAAGACCACAGAGGAGAAAGAAAAGACUAGAGAUCGCUAUGAGAAAAUACUGGAGGAUGUGACGUCCUACACGCCUCGCUACAUGGAGGAGAUGGAGGCCAUUUUUGAACAGUCGCAGGAGGAGGAGAGGAAAAGGAUCAGCUUCCUGAAGCAGGCUUUCCUCUCCAUCCACAGACACCUGGACAUCACCAACAAUGAGAGUGUGAAGGCUGUGUACAGUGAACUCCAUCAAACUCUGAUGGCCAUCAAUGAUCAGGAUGAUCUCAAAUGGUGGAAGAACCACCACGGUCCUGGCAUGCCCACCGACUGGCCAAAGGUUGAGGAAUGGGUUCCACCAGUAAAAAAGCUAAAUCGAAAGAAAAGAGACCAGAAAAGAAAAGAGAGCCGACCUGUGAUGAUUGGGGGUGUGAAGGUGCGAGCUCUGUACGACUAUGUGGGAGAGGAGGGUGACGAGCUGUCCUUUAAAGCAGGUGAAAUGUUCCUGAAGGUGGAAGAGGAGGAUGACCAGGGCUGGUGUCGAGGAGUACUGAGCGGAGGGAAGGAGGGCUUCUACCCGGCCAAUUAUGUUGAAGUUGCCGAGUGACAUCACGCUGUCCAAUAUUUUAUGUUGGGAACUUAUCUCUCACGAAGAGUUCUUCUAAAAUUAACAAUUAUUAUCAUUUAACAUCUAAGAUGUUUCUGAUUCUGAGUUAAUGUCAGAUAUAAUCUGUUCCCAGCUAUUUUGAAAUGUAAAGCUUUAUGGCCUUAAUAUUCUAACCUACUUGGUUUGAGUAUGAAUUAACUUAUCACACUAGAAUGUACUGUUUGUGGAAGAGUUAUAUGUGUAUAUGUGUGAGUGUGUAUGUGUGUUUGCAUGCAUGUGUGCACGAUCAGAUGAAACAAACGAAAACAAGAGAGAAUAUUUAUUUACCGCCAUCUUGUCUGAGUCAUUAGGUUACUGUAAUAAAAAUAGCCGAUAAUGAAAGGUUUACUCAGCCACAAGUUUACCAUGAUGUGUGCACACAAGGUUAAUGUUUACUUGAUGCGUAUUAUGCAGAGGCACACAGAAGUUACUUUGACUGAGGGGAAUGGAUUUUCACAAUAAAAGUAUAUUUGUUUUGCUUCUAA